AUGCUUUGCGACUCGCGUUCGUUGCGGGCCGGACCGGCGCCGGGCCGGCCGGGCGCGCGGCGGACCGCAGUGUUACAGCGGCAGUCGCAAGGGAAACAUCAUGGCAACGACGAAGACGUCGAUGGAGGUAGCAGCGACGGCGCCGACGGCAAAAACAAAGACGACGUCGACGGCGAUGCCAGCGACGGCGUCGACAUCGACAAUGCCGACGGCGAAGCCAGCGACGAUGCCGACGGCGAAGCCAGCGACGACGUUGACGGCGGUGGCAGCGACGACAUCGACGACGUUGACGGCGUUGGCAGCGACGGCGCCGACGGCGAAGACAUCGACAACAUCGCCGGUGGUGGUAGCGACGACGCCACCGGCGGUGGCAGCGACGGCGUCGACAUCGACGACGCCGACGGCGGUGAUAGUGACGGCGCCGACGGCGAUGGCAGCGACGGCGGAGACAUCGACGAUGGUAGGGACGGCUGCGUCCGGCUUAUUCACGUUAAAUAUUCCAGGACAUUUGGCAUUUUCCAGGACUGUCCUGGAAAAAAAUUGUGUCUUACGGCAGUUUCCAGGACGUCCUGGAAUCUGUCUUACAAAUAG